UUGACAAAGAUGGAAUACAUGUUGAUUAUGUGAGAGGCAUGCCACGCUAUUAAUACAUCAGUAAGGGGUGCUUGCUUACUUGCAGAAGAAUUCCAUGGCACAUUGUCUUAAUAUAUUAGUCACAAAUGCAGUUUCAUUGUAUAUAAUUUAGUAUUAACACUUUUCGUUCUCUUUACAGGUUUGCUGUCACUUUGAAUUGUUAAACAAAAAUCAGUGCAUAGAUUGACAUAUUUUGAAUUGUAUGUGUUGAGUGAUAUUUUCUACAUUGCCGGACGAGCUUCCACUAUUUACAAUGCCAAAAAGAAAACCCUCCGCGUCUACCAGUGGUAAAGGCAAGGCCACAACAUCAUCCACUGGCGACGACCACAGGUUAGCGAGCAUCAUCGCCAAUGCUUUAGUGCAGAAUAAGUCUGCACUGAAAGAAGUAGCCGCCUUAUUGCCACCAAUGACUAUAGAACCAGGCAUCCGUCCCGACGGUACAGAGGCGGAAUUACCAGAACCGGAUCAUGCCGUCCAAAAGCAGCCGCGGCUUGGUAAUACUUGUACUAAUAACAGUGACUCUGACAUUGAUGAAGACAAUUUGUCAGUUUGCUCUUAUUCUCAUGGAUCUGAUCGUCUGUCAAGCUGUCAAGACAGCCCAGACACAGUUAAUGAAAUUGAUUUAGGGACCUUUUCCUCAGUACACCCUGUCGUCAGUAAAAAAUUGCGCACCAAAAUCCUUAAUAGGGAGUUUGUUGAUCUCGGGGAGAUAUACUUUUCAGACAACUUACUGUCUGAAACAACUACCAUUAAAAAAACACCUGGGGCAACUAUAAAAUCAGUGCACAAAUCAGCGCCAAAACAGAUUUCAAAUACUGUAUAAGUACUUAUUUUGGCGGGGGUUUAUAUUUGGCUAUAUUGGCGGUCAGGGUCAGUAGCGCCAAUUCAAAACACCGCCAAUUUAAAGCACCGCCAUUUUAGAUCAUCGCCAUUAUUCUUUGAAAGGUAGACAACUCAUGGUAAAAUAACUUUGGUU